GACAGCACUGAUUUGUAAGUUGGUGGAGGUGCUCAUGUCUGGGUGGCCUGGGACCCAGUCCUGUCACUGGCUGCAUGGCCUCGGGCAGGUUAGCCCAUGGYGCAGAGCUUCUCCUGUGCAGGGGAUCACAGUAGCACCUGCCCCACAGGAGGCUGGAGGAGCAGAUGAUACCAGCCCACGGGGUCUCACCUGGCUCCUCUAGACGUGCCCCACGCUGGUGUCAGCUCCRGUCCUCCCUGUCCUGCUGUGAGGUAGCUGGUGCCACCCCACUUUCCACAUGGGGAACCCGAGACCCAGAGGCAGGCACGGGGUUGCCCCCGGUAACACAGCACAAGAGGCKGGUCAGGACGUGGCCAAGGCUUCCACCCAGGGAGGCCCUCAGCACUGGCACCUCCCCUGCCACCAGGCCCACGGAGCUGCUGACACUCACGCCCUGGUUGGCGCCCAUUGUCUCCGAGGGAACCUUCAACCCAGAGUUGCUGCAGCUCAUCUACCAGCCGCUGAACCUGACCAUCGGAGUCACCGUGUUUGCCGUGGGGAAGAGCUACCACUGGGACCCCGAUGGGGCCYGAGGUCUAAGGCACAGACCAGAUGAUGAAUGGCCCCUGCGGGGUCAGGCCACCCAUGCCCGCUCCUGGUACCCAGCAUCCACCACCCACGUUCCCUUCCCUCUGCCAUCUACUUGCUUCUCRGCUCCUUUCUUCCAGCUUAGCCUCAGUGGUGCUGCCUAUAAGAUGGGCAUUCCUGUAGGCAUCUAUGAGAACAUCACGAGACUCUCCGAGAACAUUGGCACUUAUAGUACACCCGCUUUGUCCAGCACUUCCUGGACUCGGCCGAGGAGUUCUUCAUGCGUGGCUACCGCGUGCACUACUACAUCUUCACCCACGACCCUGCAGCCAUUCCCAGGGUCCCGCUGGGYGCUGGCCGGCUGCUCAGCAUCAUCCCCGUCAGGCGCCACUCUCACUGGGAGGAGAUUUCCACACGCCGCAUGGAGAYCAUCAGCCUGCACAUAGCCAAGAGCGCACACCGGGAGGUAGACUACCUCUUCUGCCUUGAUGUAGACAUGGUGUUCAGGAACCUGUGGGGUCCUGAGACCUUGGGGGACCUUGUGGCUGCCAUUCACCCUGGCUACUUCAYUGCCUCCCGCCAGCAGUUCCCCUACGAGCGGAGGAGAGCCUCCACUGCCUUUGUGGCCGACAGCGAGGGGGACUUCUAUUAUGGUGGGGCAGUCUUUGGGGGGCGAGUGGCCAGUGUAUAUGAAUUUACCAGGGUCUGCCAUAUGGCCAUCCUGRCAGACAAAGCCAAUGGCAUCAUGGCCAUCUGGCAAGAGGAGAGCCACCUGAACCGCCACUUUAUCUCACACAAGCCAUCCAAGGUGCUGUCCCCGGAGUACCUCUGGGAUGACAGGAAGCCCCAGCCGCCCAGCCUAAAGCUGAUCCGCUUUUCUACAGUCAACAAGGAUACCAGCUGGUUGAGGAGCUGACAGCRGAGCUGGGGCCACCAUGAAUGGGGACCCAAAGCCCUGCAGCCACCUGCCCCUGUCCAAGCUUUAGAUGGGAAGCAGGCCUGUCCUGCCUACCUCCAGCUACCAGGAGAUUCCAGCUGGGAAAGGGGUGAGGGAGGCGCACCCCUGAUGGUGCAGUGGUCUGGCACAGGGAUCGUGGGAGGGGAAGAGGAAGCGGUUAGAGAGAUGGGGCCCGCAGCUUKCCUCAUCCAGGGGUGCACCUUCUGACAGGCAGGCCCUGGUGUCUYCGCCCCCUUGAGGGCCUGAAAUCCUGCCAGGUCCCCCAAGGUGCAUAUGGCCCUUGAAAUUGCAAUUUAACACCACUGUGUGAAAGGCACAUGGACCCCUCUCUCUGGCUGCCUGGGUAUCAUGAUGUCCCCUCAGCCAUAGGCAGCCAGUUCCUCAUUUGGGACCCUCGGAAAUGGACCUGGUCUAGGCUCCCUCUGGGUUCCUGCAGACAUUGGGGAGCCACUCUCACGGAGUAGCCGCUGCCUCUGUAAUAGUUUUCAAUAAAGGGGGCACAUUGCUUGGCCCUAACCAGA